AUGAUUAUCAAUGAUAACAGAUUGACUUUCUUAUUGAUUCACUUUAUUACAUUAUUUCAGACUAAUGGUGCAGAAUUAUUAGAAACCCCCCAAAAUAUACCCAUAAGAAAACCUGCUUGCACUACGGACUUAUGCUUAAUAGACGCUGAAAACAUUUUCGACCAUCAAACCAGUCUUUCCAAGGUAAGGCCUCCUAUUCAUAACCCCCCUUCAAUACCCGAAUAUACGUAUGCAACCAUAUCAACAUCAACAGCGACGUCGACAUCUACGUCGACAUCUACGUCUAUAUCCACAGUCUUAUCUACGCUAACUUCUGUCGUAUCCACAAUUUCUACCGAAUCUAUGUCCAGUUCUGAUAGUCCAGUUUUUUCUAUUUUAGAGAAAGUUAUACCUGAAAUAAGCAAUUCUGACGAUGUGAUUAUAACAGACCAGUCAAGUAAUACACACUUAGAGAUCCUCAGUGAGGUGAAUUCCACGAAUUUUACAAGCGGCACAGCGGAGCCUUUUACCCCUGUGCAGAAUUACACUAGCAAGAGAAUCCCACAGAAUCAGUCGAAUGAAACUAUCGACGAAUGCCACUUUCUAUCUUUCGAAGAGUGGAAACGGCAAAAAGCUGAUAAUAAGCAAAUAAAUGACUCUCAGCCACAAGCAGACAGUAUUUCAAAAGAGCUAGUUCCUACCAACAGUGGUGUAGAUAAUGGGACGCAAAUAAUCCUGCCAUCAGAUGAAGAUCAAGGAAAAGUAUAUAAAGAUCGAUUUAAUUAUGCAUCAGUGGAUUGCGCUGCUACUAUCGUGAAAACUAACUCUCAUGCCAAAGGAGCAUCAGCUAUUUUAGUCGAAAACAAGGAUUCUUAUUUAUUGAAUCAGUGCUCUUCACCACAGAAAUUUGUUGUUAUUGAGUUGUGUCAAGAUAUUCUUGUUGAUACUGUUGUGAUUGGAAAUUUUGAAUUCUUUAGUUCAAAUUUUCAUAAAAUACGGAUUUCUGUAUCUGACAGGUUUCCUGUUGGCUCAUCUGGGAUGAAGGUUUUAGGUGAAUUUGAAGCUGAGAAUGUAAGAGAUGUUCAGUCUUUCAAUAUUGAAAACCCGCUUAUUUGGGCGAGGUAUUUAAAAUUGGAGAUUUUAAGUCACUAUGGAGACGAAUUCUACUGUCCGAUAUCACUCAUUAGGGUUUAUGGGAAAACAAUGAUGGAAGAAUUUAAAAUGGCUGAAGGUCAUGAGUCUUUUAUUGGUGGAGAACCCGAAAUUAAGAACGAGGAAUUAGUAAUAAAUAAUUCCAUGAAAGAUAUUUCAAACUUCACAGGUAUUAAUAUUCAAAAUGAGGAAUGUAGGGUGGCUUUGCCUCACUUGGGAUUGAAUGAUUUUUUAAAAGAUAUUAAUUCAACAGCUAGCGAUUACUGCGAUGCGUUAUAUCCAUUAAUUAAUGAACCCGAAACAACCCAGACAAUAGAAACUAAAACUACACAGGAAUCGAUUUAUAAAAAUAUAAUGAAAAGAUUAUCUUUAUUGGAAUCAAAUGCUAGUUUGUCUUUAUUAUAUAUUGAAGAACAAAGUAAGUUACUUUCCCAGGCCUUUACAAAUCUAGAAAAACGACAGUCUUCAAAUUUUGAAUCUUUGAUUAAUUCGUUUAAUGAUACCAUGCAUAACCAAAUAUCCUAUUUUAAGAACGCAUAUUUUAAUAUUCAGGUCGAGGCAUCUAAAUUAUUUAAGUCGCAGGAAUAUAAUCAUCAAAGUUUGCUAGAAGAAUCACAUCAUAAAAUGACUAUAUUAGGGAAUCAGUUAAAGUUUCAAAAGAGGCUUUCGAUUUUGAAUACUAUGAUCAUUAUCUGCAUUCUAUCUUAUGUUGUGCUUACUAGAGAUGUUUAUAUAGACGACCACAUGGAUAAUGAUCAUUACCAAGGGCAAUUUCGAAGCUUGCAGAACGCUUCUGGAUAUUCAAAUUUGCUUAAUAAGUAUAAAAGGAAAAGUUCUAGGCGAAAUAACAGAACAAAAAAACGGAAGCAAAAAUCUACAGGUUCUAUCAAAUAA